AUGCGCGAAGUCAACUUCAGCAUCCCCAACGCAAACAAAGCCUCCGUCGGCAUCACAACCGCCCUCUAUGACCGACGAGCCCUCGACUGCACCUCCACCCUCCCCCUCAUCAACUCGCUCAACAACCUCGCAUACCUGACCACCUCCUCCGGCCGAAUUCGCGACAUCCUCACCGUCGAUGGCGGCAUCGAACGGCUGGUAUGCAUCCUCAAGGAGGGCCGGAGCAAGGACAUGAUGGAGAUGUGGAAAUGGAAUCUGGCUUUCCAAUGCAUAGUCAACAUUGGUGUAAGAGGAUCGGAGGCGGUACGAACACGCGUGGUUGAGGCCGACAUGGUCCCUGUCAUUGCCACUAUCCUCGACAACUACUUCAAGGUCAUGGACAAGACGAAAGGACGUACUGAGCCAUCGGAAAGCAAGUCGAAGUGCCCAAUCUUGCGCAGCUUCUCCCGCUCGGCGAACAGGACAGAGACUGCCGAUAAUCGGUCUUCACGAAGUCGACGACAUGCACCACCUCCCAUCUCAAUCCCGGAUAGCAUACCACAGCCCGAUGCGGAUGAGCCUGUUAGUGAAACUACUCCAACAGCGAACACAGCGGCUUUGUCACUCAGCUCGCCGCCUCAAAGGACCGUGUUCAGGCGCUCGCACAGUCACCACGAUUCGCUAGGAGGCAGAUCGCAGUUCUCGUCGCCAGCACUCCAGGAUACCCGUCAACAACGGCCGCCGACUUCGUCUGCGACAUUGCAGAGCAAUGCUGGGCCAGUCUUCGUGCCUCCCGUCCGAGACAUUGAUCGCCUGCCGUCCAUGAUUCCACAAUUACACGCCGAGCUGAGCUCGCAGCCACAGUCGCCAACUACACCAGGGGCACCCGUACAACGGCCUGGUAGCCCAAGGGCGGCGGCCAGCGCAAUGCGACCCAGGCGGCGGCCCUCUAUUCGCCAUCAAUUGUCUAUCUCCGGCUCCGAUGAUGAUGGCCAGAUCGAAGAAAGUGUCUCGGAUGAAUCCAAUGGCCCUGACGCCGAGCCAGUCGUUGGCAUACAGGCAGACAUCGUCAUGCAGGACAUCGUUGAUGACGACGGUUUACUUGAAUCGCCGGGCAAUGGUAUAGCAGUACCCGAUGUUUCUAGCACAGACGACGAGACCUUCAGCAUCACCCAUCGAUCAGCUGCAGAUGGCAGCACGGUAAAUCCGGCAGCAACGCCCACGCAGGGACAGAUGACUCUACCACAGACACAGCUUCCACCUCCAGUGAACGCGGUCAAUGCGACGCCACCAAACCUGAGUGCAGCAACAUGGUAUCCCUCACGAGGCUUGCCAUUUGACCGCACCGCAACAAGCGUCUUGGCAGCUAUGCCACGCGAUGAAGACGUCCUCAUGUCUUUACAACUUUUAGCAUACGUGUCAAAGUACUGCAACUUGCGGUCAUACUUCCAGCAGUCACGGCUAGUAUCCAGACUUCAGAUCGGCAACGAACUGUCCAUGCUCGACACUAACAACACCUCGGGCGCCUCCACGAGCAAGACCCAAGAAGAACUUGACGAGGAGUGGGAUAACGAGUUUGUGAAGACGCCUGGAGAGACGCCUUACAACAUCUUCCCAUUGAUUGAGAAGUUCACGGCGAAGCAAUCCUCUUCUCGCCACUCCGGCUCGAGUCCGUCACAACAAGGCGACAUGCAGUAUUGGGCUGGCGUAGUCAUGCGCAACCUCUGCCGAAAGGACGACAGUCGUGGCGGCAUCAGGCAGUGUGCCUACUGGCAGUGCGGAAAAUGGGAAGAGUACACCCGGCAAUUCGCAAAAUGCCGGCGCUGCAGACGAACAAAGUACUGCAGCAAAGAGUGCCAAAAGGGUGCUUGGGGCAGUCAUCGCUUUUGGUGUGUUGCUGCGGAAGACACCACCCGAGAUGGCGAUCCUGGUUCGAGCGAGAGGCACCAUCAUCGCCAACACCGGUCGCAUCACCACCACCAUCAUCACCACCACCACUCGCGGGCAGAGUGA